AUUUGGAAAAUAUACACUUCCCAAUGUAUUUAAAUUGUUAUGUACUGUGAAGCUAAUCGAGGUGUUAUCUCUAUGAUGAUGCAUUGUAGUUUUAAUUUUAAAUGUAUUACCUUCCACGUAGUUUUGCAUAACAGAGGUUAAAAAAUCUGGUGUUUCCUGUAUGUAACAUUUGACUUGAGGUAAGGCAAAUUAGAUAAGGAGCCCGCACUUAAGAUCUCGACUAUUUAUUUCAAUAGGUAUUAUUUGUAUAAUAGAAAAAUGAUUCCAAUAAUUUUUUCGAGAUUUAUCAGUUGACGGCAGAAACAUUUACCUUCUCUAAUGCAAUAGAUUAACUUCAAUUUGCUGAUUUUUUUUUUUUUUUAAGAAUUCAAUUUGCUGAAGUUUAUUUCAAUGUGAUUGUAAUAUUUUUCUUUCGGUUGUUGUUUCCCAUAGCUGAUAUUCUUAAACUUGGUCUAGUAAAUCACAAGACAGGUUGUUCAUGAAGUUAAGAAAUGGAAUUGAUGAUGGUUAGAAACACUUCAUAAAAAAUGACGGUGAGAGAACUACUGAAGAAGGAUCUAAGUUUUUCUGAGUCAUACAAAAGAUUUUGCUGUUAGUAUAUGUUAGUGAAUAACUCAUUGUUGUGUCUGUGGCACAUGGAAAGCUUCUUUGUAAGAUCACAUAAUUCCAGAAAUUUGCUGCCUCUAGUGAGUUUUUUUUUUUUUAAUAGCUGAAUUACAUGAGUUAUUUUUAGAGAAAGUGGGUUGUGGUGAGGCUGCACCAACAUCUCCUGGCAAAGAACCUUAUGAAACUAGGAUCAUGAAAUGUGUUACAUCUCAAUCCUUCCCUGAUUCACAUUAAAGAAUUUACUUACCUUAUAAAAAAAGAUUGAUUAAAGGAGCAUAUGAAAGCUGUGGUCUAAUGUUUGUAAUGAACUUCUGUCCUUUCUAUUUUCUGCAGGAUUGUUCUAACUUCAGUAAUAUAACAACUUAAUUUCUUUUGGUGAAGUUUAUAGUUGUUGCACAUCAUAGUGUUGAAUUCAUUGUCUUCACUUAGUAAUACUGUUGCUUUUGAGGAUGACCGACGUGAAAAAAACUUUGAAUGGUGCUGUAAUGGCUUUUAGAAAGCACAGCCCUUUUGUAAUGGAGUGUUUGAAGGAGCCUUAUGACGACACACAAUUGAGAUGGAAUGUAGCUGAUCUUUUGACAAGAGUUGCUAGUAAAUUUUCCGUCAAUGGUAAUCUUUCCGGUAGAAAGAGGGAGAUCAAAUUUCAACCCUCGUUUGUUUACUUCCCUAUCGGUCAUAACAAUAUUACCAGAUACUUCUCGGCACCAGCAACGGAAACUGAGAAAGCUAAACAAGAUACGCUGUUCAAAACUAUCCUCAAAGAAGCCGUCACAUUUCACUUUUGGAAUGGCUUAACUUCGGCUAUGGUUCCAGAGGCUGGCAGCCUUGCACACCGGCUCAUUAAUUACAAUUGCCUACGUUGCUCUGACACAUUGUGAAACACCAUUAAAGCAGAUGGAUGACCUUUUAAAGCAUUUUUGUUUUCAUGCCAUUAGAUAUACCUCACAGCUUUUAAAGAUAUUCCGGUGGUUCUUCAUCCAUAAUUUUUGUUGUACAAAAUAUGAAUCUCCAGUUGGUUGCCUUUCUGGACCUUGUGUUUUUAGUCUAUAUUAGUUGUUGUAGAUUCCCUCGAGGGACGAAUUAAGAGGUCCUGCUUUUUGUAGCUGAGUUCUUACUGUAUAUUUCCCCUUGUGAGUUUUGUAGAACUAUUUGUAGUCAUUGGCAACAGGACAAUGAUAUAUUUAAAUGAUGUUCUUGUAUGUAA